GCCGUCUCCCUCCAACCAACACCUCCGCCUCUUCCAAGAAAAAGAGAGACGAUGGCCGCGCCGCGCCCCCUUCCUCGUCUCCCCUCCUUCCUCGCAGUCCUCCCUCCCACAUCGAAACCCUAGACGCCCCGGCUCUGGAGAAAUUGAUUCCCGAGGAGGGUCCUCUCUGAUGACCAUGGAUGCGACCACCCCCGCCAGGCUGUCAGUCGGCUUCCUCUUCCCCUCGUGGUGGGAGAUCGAGGUCACCGUCGCCACGGCCCUCCUCGUGGUCGGUGUUUACUCCCUGCUGGAGAGGAUAUCGUUCGGCGAUGCCGGAGGCGAUGACGAUCGGCCGCUUGGUGGGGAUGAGGCCCCGCUGGCCGCCAGAGUGCUGCCUGCACGGCAGUCGGAUGCUAAGGAGAAGAUGAACCAGAUCAAAGUCGACCCCCAAGGUGCUUCCGCAUAUGUAGUCAAGCUAGAGCUAUUGGCUGCAAAGAACCUAAUUGGUGCAAAUUUGAAUGGUACAUCUGAUCCUUAUGCAAUAAUUACAUGUGGGGAACAAAAGCGAUUCAGCUCCAUGGUUCCUGGCUCAAGAAAUCCGAUAUGGGGAGAGGAAUUUAAUUUUUUUGCUGAUGUGCUUCCUGUUCAGAUUAAUGUAACAAUAUAUGACUGGGAUAUAAUAUGGAAAAGCACUGUUCUUGGAUCUGUAACUGUUACUGUCGAAAAGGAAGGCCAAACUGGAGCAAUCUGGCACACUCUAGAUAGCACAUCAGGACAGGUCUGUCUUCAUAUUAAAACCACAAGGCUACCAGCAAGUUCUUCCAGAGCAUUGAAUGGCUAUGCUGGAGCUGAUGCUCGAAGAAGAUUGUCUUUGGAUAAACAAGGUCCUACCUUAGUCCACCAGAAGCCAGGGCCUCUGCAGACCAUAUUUGAUCUUCCACCUGAUGAGGUUGCUGAUCACAGUUAUUCAUGUGCGCUUGAAAGAUCUUUUCUAUACCAUGGACGCAUGUACGUGUCUGCAUGGCACAUUUGUUUCCACUCAAAUGUAUUUUCUAAGCAAAUGAAGGUGGUUAUUUCUUUUGGCGACAUUGCUGAGAUACGACGAAGCCAACAUGCAGUUAUUAACCCUGCUAUCACAAUAAUUCUUCGAAUGGGGGCUGGAGGACAUGGUGUUCCUCCUCUAGGAAGUCCAGACGGGAGAGUCAAAUACAUGUUUGCAUCAUUUUGGAACAGAAAUCAUACUUUAAGAGCUUUGCAACGUGCAGCUAAGAACUUUCAUGCAGCUAUAGAAGCUGAGAAGAAGGAAUGGGCACAAUCUGCAUUGCGUGCACACAGCAGCUCUGUGAGAGGUAGCAGGAGACAGAUAAAACUUCCAAACGAGAGUGUAGUUGAGACUGCAAAGUUUCAAGAUUUCAUAAAGGAGGAAGUUCUAGUUGGCAUAGUCAAUGAAAAUUUCCCAUGCACUGCAGAGGAGUUCUUUUCUGUCUUAUUGAAUGAUGACUCCAUGUUUAUUGCAGAAUAUCGUUCAGCACGGAAAGAUACCAAUCUGAAUUUGGGCCAGUGGCAUGUUGCUGAUGAGUAUGAUGGUCAGGUCAGAGAAAUAACCUUCAGGUCAUUAUGCCAUAGUCCCAUGUGUCCUCCAGACACGGCCAUGACAGAGUGGCAGCAUGCUGUUCUUUCCCCUGAUAAGAAAACUCUGGUCUUCGAGACUGUGCAACAGGCACAUGAUGUUCCAUUUGGUUCUACCUUCGAGGUACACUGUCGGUGGUCAUUGAAUACGAUCUCUGACUCUUCGAGCAUGCUUGAUAUACGAGUUGGUGCACAUUUCAAGAAGUGGUGCAUCAUGCAGUCUAAGAUAAAAACUGGAGCAGUUGAUGAGUACAAGAAAGAAGUGGCGCAAAUGCUAGAAAUAGCACGCUCAUAUCUUGUCAAGGUCAAAGGUUCCAGCCAAGAUAAGCGUGAGGCAUCAGAAACUCCAACAUCCGCCGUCAGUUGAGAUCAAUACAUCAGAUGGCAGGUUUGCCUACUCUUAGUAACCCUAUACUCGAUGAAGUUGCCAGUCUCUCGAAGUCGUCGUAACUGUAUCAUGCACGGAAGUAUAAGCUUGUUUUUCAUGCGAUCCUUCAUGCAAGUGAAAAAGUGGUGUAUGCUUAUACCUGCACGAACUUUCUUCUGUAUAAUGCCAAUUUAUCAUAAACGUAGAUCACUUUUUUCUUUUUUUGAUUCCUCCUUCCCAAGUGUGAUCUCCACCACCAGCAGUUUUUGCAAAAAUGUGUCCAAUUACUUUAUCGUGUCACUGUGGGCAUUGUUUGCCGUAGAUGACACACUUCUUAAUAGGUUUUAAAUUACAGUAAUUGAUAGAGCAAAUUUAGGAAUUUGAUUGUAAAUCCGCACAGUUCUUGAGCGGUUAGAUGCUGCCAUCAAUUGUUUUUCUUUGUUGACAGAAAGAAACAGCUUGUUACCAUGAUGGCUUAUAUGGUUUGUUCA